CGUUUCCUUGUUUAGUUCCACUUCCGCAUCUCACAUAAAGUAACGCUGGAUAAUGAUUUUAUAGCAUAAAUCGUUUAUUUUCAAGUAUAUUUUAUAGCGGACUCUUAACGAACAUGACUUCGUAAUUGUGUGUGAUCGAAAUUGAUUACCAGGUGUUAGUCUGUGGCAUUUGCAAGACAAACAGGGGACACAGUGUCCAAUUUAGCUAGCUUAGCUUGCUUUUGCUAGGUACGUUAUCAGCUAGGUUGUAGCCAUUUCAACCUAACCCAACCUACACUUCGGAAUAGCUGGCUACAUCUUUUCGGAAUGAAGGUGUCCAUGUCCCCCCCACACACAGCGACGUCUGUGCGGCUGUUAGUUCUGGCUGUUCAGCUGGUCCUGUUGGUGUGUGGAAGCCAGGCCAGUGACGGCACCAAGAGGUGUAAGCUGUUCUCUGAGUCCCCGGCAGAACGGAAGGUCCUCAGUCUUCUAGAACCGCUCACUAACAAGACUUUCUCUGAGGUGAAGAAAAGCGACAAGGGGAACUACACGUACCAGUUCCAGGUGUGUGGGGAUGCUGGGAAAACAGUAGGAGCGGGACUCGUUCAGAUCGACCAUACCGAGAAAAAAAUUGAGACCGUGCUUGGCCUGUACACUGCAACACAGGCUAUCGGAGGAAGUGACUGGGUGAUGUUGAUCUAUAGCAACGGCACCAAGUAUGACACCCACUGUUCCAAGGAGAUGAGGAAAGCCAUCGUCAUGAUCUCCUGCAACAAAGGAGUGGAAAUGGGGAAGCUGGAAGUGGUGAUGGAGGAGAGGGAGAGGGAGACGGACUGUUUCUAUCUGUUUGAACUGGACUCCAGUGCGGUCUGUCCCGCUCUGCCAUCCCAGCUCAGUGCAGGCUCCAUAAUACUCAUAAUUGGGUUCGUCCUCUUGUCAGUGUACCUCAUUUGUGGAUUCCUCUACCAGCGGUUGAUUGUCGGGGCCAAAGGGUUGCAACAGUUCCCCAACUAUGUCUUCUGGACACAGGUUGGCAACCUGGCAGCGGAUGGAUGUAACUUUGUGUGUAGGACACAGGGCCCCGAAGAGGAACCUCCCACAUACAGGGGUGUGUCCACAGAGCCAGAGGAGCAGCCAGAAGAGAGGGAUGACCACUUGCUUCCCAUGUGAUCUGAUGUCAGUAGUGGGAGGGAUCUAUCCCGCGUGACGCUUCGGAUAGAUAUUGCCCUUAGGCACAGAUCUAGGAUCAUCACUUACUCUCUCCAAGUCCGGAGAAACAUAAAACUGACCUCAGUUCAGUGUCUAGGCGCAACGUCAUCCUAGUUCAUUUUGACAGUUUCAGGGAUGAGUUUAGAGGUGGGCACACCAGUUUAUGGAAGGCUGGAGGAUUUGUGACAUCUAUGAUUCCUAAACACUUAGUUCAUUAUAUUAGAUGGUAAGUCACCUGCCCUGGUUUGCAUGGCACAAUGCAAGGUGUCGUUACGAGUUAACGCAGCCACAAAGUCAUGAACCCCACCUAUUUCUACAAUUUAUCUUUUAAACCUAACUAACCCUAACCAAACUGAUAACCUGAUUCCUAACCCUGACCUUUAAAUUGAGACCAAAAGCACAAUUUUGUUUUCAUGAAUUUACACGAUAGAGCCAAUUUUGACUUUGUGACUGUGUUAUCUAGUGGAAACCGUAAGGCCUUUACAUGACUGAUGUGUUGGUGCUGACACAAUGCAACCAUAGGAACAGUUUCUAACAGUCCCAUCCAGUUUGUUUCAGUAGCUGAUGGCUGUGUACUGACUCGUAGGUCACACUUUAUUUGAAGGUCUGCUUAUACAUUGCUUAGAAUCAUUUUUGCAUAGUAAUAUCACAGUAAGUGAAAAAGCAGGCUUUUGUUCACGAUUUAUAUGCUUACAGGUCAUUGUAAUAAAUGGUUUACAUUUAAAACGGUUAGAUAUGUUUACUAUUGUUAAGAAAUAAAUAAACACACAAUAUUACUUAGCCUAAAUUUUACGAAUGGGUAAAAAUAUUGAAUAAUGACCUUCAAAUUAAGUUGGACUACACUACAGUACAGAGCCAUUUCAACCAAUGCACUGCUAGACAUACACAUUUACUGUGUUGCUAUUUUAGAGUAGGAUGCUGACUGGGUCUUGACCAAAAUGUACUUCUGACACGUUAUACCUUUUCCUUAGCUAUUUGAAGAGUAGGGUUGGAACCAAUUCCAUUUUAAUUCUGUUCCCAUUAGUUCAGUUCCUAUGUUGACAAAAUUGAAAUGGCAUUGACCCCAAACCAUGGUACUGAGUAGUAGUCUACUAUUAUGCUGUGUUCGUAACCAAGCGGGAAGGUGGUAAUUACCAGUUGUGAAGUUGUAAAUACCAGUUGGAUGCAUUUUACGUUCUUUGAAUUCGUUAGGAAACGCUGAUUGGCUAAUGGCCAACAAGCGGCGUCAACUGUAAAUUAAAAGUACAGCUUUCAUGCUUGUAAACAAAUUAUAGUGUUCAAAAAGCAUAUUAAUAGAUUGCUUUUUAUAAAUAAUGCUUUGUUGUAAGUAACAGACAAAAAUGCUGUUAUCGAGGUAAUUUUCUAAUAGGUGAUGUCAGAGGUAACCAUGAGGGAGAAGUCGGAGCUCAGGGAUGAUGGACAAGUUUCCCACUAGUAAUUACCAGUUGGAAGGGUGUUCAAGUGGGUUUUUCCCAGUCGUAUGUGGUAAAUGCCACCUUCUCACUUGGUUAUGAACGCAGCAUUAAUGAUACUGAGGACAUUGAUUAUGAUGAGGAUUUUGAAAUAUAAUGCUGUGAUUGAACAGGUCCUUCAGAAAACACUUUGUGUUCAACAGUAAAAUGGAGGAACUUAAGUAAUUUAUAUAAUCAUGAAAAAUACACAUGUACUAUCUGUGACAUGUGGGUGAAUGUUUUUUUUAUUUUGUUUUUGCUUUGUGGUGUUUUUAAAACAAAAAAACGUAGCCCAUGGCACUCGCUUAGUUCAAUCAAGACCUGAAAGAUGGCAUUAGUUAGACCCGACCCAGGACAACAGGCCCCGAUGAGAUGUGGCGAAAUGGAUCAGAACUAAACCAGGUCUGGGUUCAAUGGCUUUGGUCAGUUCUGACUUUGGCUUUAGUUUGUGAUGCUAUUUGUACUUGCAGAAGAGGGGAAGAGUAAAAGAGAAUUUGCUUAGUUUGUGUUGCGCUUUUGCAUCAAAUUAAAUAUGAAUGAAGUGUUUUAUUACAGUUCUGAAUCUCAUGUAUGACAAGUUUUAGUGUGCUGGUGUGUUUGCAGGGGCGAUUAACUCCCUAAGCAACACAAUGUAAAACAUAAAUAUAUUUUUAAAACAA